AUGCCCUUGAGGGCACGAAUUAACUUUUUUCUUUCGAACCCGGAGGAGUCAAAUAUCGGCUGGCGACUGCAGCAGCUUCUAAUGGUGCUUCUGUUUAUCAACGUGUGCGCAAUGGCGAGUGAGACGGUUGAUGGACCGCGCUUCGGUAGCUCUGAUCCUGGAUAUCCCUAUAUGCCGGGCGAUAGCACGUUCAUCGCUGUUGAAGUACUGUUCUCGUUAUUUUUUGUCUUCGAGUUCGUCGCACGAUGGGUAACUGCACCUAGUCAGUCCCAGUUCUGGAGAUCAGUCUCGACGUGGAUAACACUCUUAGCGGCGAUAGCUGCAUUGCCCAGACUUUUAUUACUCGCGGCGGGGGCGGACACUGAGUUUGCAGAUGCGUUCAUGUUCAACUUGCGCAUCUUGCGCGCUAUCCGGCUUAUUGUCCUAGCCUACGUGUAUGUGGGGACGAAGGUGCUGUUCCAGGCAGCGGUAAAUUCCAUCGCUCCACUGACGAUUACGCUUUUCUUUUUGGUCACGGUUGUGAUGGUGUUUGCCACCGCCAUUUUCUAUGCUGAACCGUGUUAUGACCUGAAAACAUGCACCUUUACGGAUAUUCUAAACACCGGCUACUUCGUCAUGCUCACGGUUGCAACAGUGGGCUACGGGAGCCAAGUGCCAUCGCUUCACAAUGCUGGAUCGCUGAUACUCGUGUGCAUUGUUAUGAUUUUUGGAACGGUCUACUUUUCGAUGCCGCUCGCAAUUAUCGGUGUCAAGUACGAACUGGCGUGGGCCGAAUACGAAGAAUAUGCUGAGAAUUUAAAGCUGCCGCAGCAGAACCAACCGCAACGCGAGAAGAAGCGCACUUCUAAGCUUUCCGCGGACAUGUCCCGACGGCAGAUUAUUAACGCUCUUGCUGGAAGAAAUGACGACGACGAAUUGGAGAAAAUUGAGGCGCAUACCAUGAAAUACGCGAGCUCGAACACGUGCGAUCGGUUCUACCAGUUGUCGCAGUCGAUUUUGGAAGUGAAUGCCUCACUUCAACACAUAGUCUGCCCCCCUGCGGCUGCGACUGAUAUUCCGACGACUCUGGAGGCUGUGAUUCAAAGCACUAAGCGACGUAGUGACGAGGCUUCUCAUGCUUUAGAUGGCAUUAUGUCGGUCAUUAAACUCCACACUCGCGUGUGCUCAGAAGCGCACGAAUUGUUCUCUCGUGCUGUGAACAAAGUCCGCAUGUACACCAUCGUGCUCAGUAUCGCCGUGUUUUACUUGCAGACUACCUCGGAGCUUCAGAACACAGGAGUACGGACAUUUCUGUGCCAGCGCAACGUUCAUGCAUUCUGCGAUAGAUACGAUGAUCCGGGGUGUUAUGUGUUCAAGGAAGUAUCAGGGACGGGAUCCGGAUUAUCGGUCGAAGUGACAGAGCAGAUUGUUGAUUUCGACUGCGAGAUUGGGGAUCCAGAUGAGACCUGCUAUGCUUCGGGUGUGAACUUUGGCUCGAAGAAUUUCCCAGUAUCAUGCAGUGACGUUUUCCCGUCGGGUCCUGGCAUUACCUACGUAUGCAAUAGUCGACUUUGCAACCCCCCGGUGCAGUUCAUGUUCGACAUGGAGCCCUACUGGAUCUACUUCGAGUUUCUGUUUGGAUUUUUGUUCACGGUUGAGGUGGCGUUGCGCGUGUACGCCCACCCAGUGAGACGUCUUAUUUGGGCGGAUUUGAAAGUGCUUGCGAGUAUCCUCAUUUUGAUCCCGUUCUACGUCGAGGUGGUCGAGAUCAUGAUCGGAGAGUGGCCGACGUACUCGGUCAUACCAACAUUGCCCUCAUUUUUCUCGAUGGUUCGGUUCCUCAAGAGCCUUCGUAUUCUCAAGCUUGGCUCUCACAUUCCCGGGUCACGUGUGCUGAUUAGGACGGCGCAGCUUACGGUGGAACGGAUUGUAAUCCCGCUUUUCUUCCUGUUCUUGGGUUGUGUGGUCUCUGCAGCCGUUUUCUUCGAGCUUGAGCGCGGUACCGAAUGUUUUGUGGGGAAGAGCUGCAUGUGGUGGAGCAAGAACGUCUUAACUGCCGAGAUGUCGGAAGGAUUGCCCAUCGGCAAGCGCAUCUGCGUUCAAAACACCCUCGUCACUAUGAUGACGGAUAUGCUGCACUCGACGUGGUUCUCGCUCGUAAGCUUCACUACUGUCGGCUAUGGAGAUCUGUAUCCGCGCACAUCGCUGGGGAAAAUGGUCGAUAUCAUCGGCGUGAUCUUCAGUUCGUGCUACACCGCUAUGCCGCUCACGCUGGUCGGUGGCCAGUUCUACAUUUGCUACGAGCUGUACGCGCAGGAAAAGAUGCUCAAAAAGGUAAGUUUUCUGUUGGUAGUCGUGAAUGAGAGCACCUCUCAACUAAGGUGGUAUCUUAUUGAAUUACUCAGCGACGAGCUCAAAAGCAGAUCAAGCCGGACGAGUCUUCUGCAAUUGUUCGGAGUCUGA